GCGGAUCUCUUUUGAUAAACAUAUUAUUCGUGUUAAUGAAUAUUGCACGUACUAUCAACAAGAAAUAUCAAGAAGUGAGAUGUAUGAAUUUAGUGAACAAUUGGUCGAACACCUCGGUGCCGUGGUCGAAUCAAUUUUGCUUCGUUUUUUUUCGCAUCUUUUUGUCCAUUAACAAUGAAUUUUAUUUACAAAUAUGUACAGAAUUGGACGGACGAUUAUCUUUUUGCAAUACGUGAGUAAAAAGUGACGAGUAAGAAAGAUAAGUAGUGAUUAAAAGUGCCAUGUGAUCCAAAAGAGUACCAAAAUAAUGCAGUAACAGAGAGCAGAAAAGGAACAGCAGCAACAAAAGAUAGAAGGGAACAAGGUAUACAGUGGCGAGGUAUGCAUCGACUGGGUUGCGGGGUGCAGUUCAGACAUGGGAAGUGAGCAUUACUGCCUGAGGUGGAACAAUCAUCAGAGCAACUUGCUGGGUGUGUUCAGUCAACUGCUGGAGUCGGAGUCGCUGGUGGACGUGACACUGGCGUGCACGGAGGGACCGUCGAUACGCGCACACAAGGUAGUCCUCUCCGCGUGCUCCAGCUACUUCCAGGCCCUGUUCCUCGACCACCCGAACCGCCACCCCAUCGUCAUCCUAAAGGACGUACGUUUCGCCGAGCUACGUACCCUCGUCGACUUCAUGUACAAGGGCGAGGUAAACGUCGAGUACUGCCAGCUAUCGGCCCUCCUCAAGACAGCGGAGAGCCUCAAAGUUAAGGGUCUAGCGGAUAUGACGAACAUCAACGCGGCGGUAGCGUCUAGGGAGGAGCAGCAGCAGCAACAGCAGCAGCAACAGCAACAGUCGCAACAACAGCAACAACAACACACAAGCGCCUCCGAUACGUCGCGGGAGCAUCAUCGAGAACGAGAACGAGAACGAGAACGAGAUCGAGACCGAGAACGAGACCGAGAACGAGAACGAGAACGAGAACGAGAACGAGAACGAGAACGAGAUCGAGACCGAGACCGAGACCGAGACCGAGACCGAGACCGAGAGAGCAUAAAAGAGACGAGCGGUAAAGAUAGGGAACGAGAGUCGAAUGUCGCCGGGGUGUCGGCUGGCGCUAAAGAAUGCGAGCAGCAGCAGCAGCAGCAGCAGCAGCAGCAGCAGCAACAGCAGCAACAACCUAGCAGCAUCGCUCAAAACACUCCCAGCGAAUCCGUGGAUGCGGUGGACAUGACGGAUUGUCCGCCGUCGCCCGCGGGACCCGGUAGUCCGUGCCCGGGACCGCUCGCCCUCGACCGGCCCAGGAGGGACUCCGAGGACGCGGCCAGCCUCGAAGAGACGAGAGCCGGCUCUCUCAGCCCGAUCUCGGUGCACAGCGGACCAUCCGACAUGAGCCUCAGCAACAAUACAGGCGGCGGCGCGCCCGGCGGCGUGCUGCCGUUGAAUCUGCCACAGAGCCGGCUUCCGUCCCCGCACAGUACCGAGCCCCUCGCCGGCCCGUCGGGCUUACCCCCGGUUCAGCAAGUUCCGCUAUCCCUGAAAAAAGAGAUGGACUGGGAAAGGUCGACCGAGGAGCGUAGCGCGAGCAGCGAGAUAUCCACAGACUACAGACUCCCGCCAGAUCCGGUCUCGCUCGCCCUCGGACUGGAAGCGGGUGGAUGGGGCGCGCUGGUGGAGCGGACGAGCGGUAGCGGUGGCACCAUGCUCGGCCACGGCGGCUUCACCGGCCUGGCCGGGUUGGCGCGUCGUUGCGGCGUCUGCCUGGCGACGUUCCCGUCGCCGUGGCUGCUGGAGCGUCACGCGUUGCUGCAGCACGCCGGACAGACCAGCGACGACAAGCCGUUCACGUGCGAGCAAUGUGGCCAGCGUUACCGCUACCGGUCCGCCUACGUGAAGCACCGCGAGCAGAAUCACCGCGCGCGACUACCGGCCGACAAGCUGUUCACCUGCGACGUGUGCGGCAUGCAAUUCAGGUAUCUAAAGUCCUUUAAGAAGCAUCGUCUCAAUCACGCGCUUGAGCGGCUUCAACGCGCGCCCGAGCCGCAGAGUAGCGUCGUCGUCGUCUCGACGCCGGCCGAGCGCAGCGAUCAGGUAUCGAGCACCGGCGAGCCGUCCCAAGUGGAGACCGGCAGCGAUACCACGACGAAUCCGGGCGACGCCGAGGAGUUGCGCGGCGUGUUCUCCGAGGGCGCCCGCGGUGACGAGAGCGUCUCGGAGACCGCCAGCAUCCAGGAGAAUCCUGGCGAUGCGGUGGAGGUUCAGAUAACGGAGACCACCGCUGCCGGAACCGUUGGUGGCGUCGGUGGCGGCGGCGGUGGCGGCGGUACUAGCAGCGAAGCCGGCGACGUGGACGACAAUGUCGUCGAUGACGAUCGGCACGAGCCGAACGAGGCGAUAAUUAGCCUUGCGCGAAGCAGCACACGCGAGGCCGAUCGGCGCGAGCGGCGUUUCGCCUGUCCGUUUUGCGGCAAAUGCGUAAGAUCCAAGGAGAACCUGAAGCUGCAUGUGCGCAAGCACACCGGCGAACGCCCGUUUGUCUGCCUGUUCUGCGGCCGCGCUUUCGGCGGCAAGAGCGAUCUGACGAGGCACUUGCGUAUCCACACGGGCGAACGGCCCUACCACUGCGAGAUGUGUGGCAAGUGCUUCGCCCGGGCUGACUACCUCUCCAAGCAUCUCACCACGCACAUUCACCAACGCUAACGCGAUCGCAUAACUCGGCUUAUUACCCACCUCGGCAUCCUCGAAGCCGGAGAGCAGCGCGACGACACUCCUAUUUCUCACCAGCGCGUCGCUUCGCAUCGAUAAGCUGCGACUGUCGCGGAACGCGACUCGAGGAUCGAUCUUGCAAAAUUACGCUAGCGAUGUAUUAAUAAAAAAACAAAUUGAUUGCUAUUCUUCGCGCACUAAACUAUAAAGUACAUGAAACAAUAUUAUUCGGAAGACAAAAAUUCCCACCGCUUACUUUGGACUCGUAAAAUCGCGUCGUAAGACUGUGUGUAGUCGAUUGAUCAUUAAUUGUUGCAAGAUUAUUCCUCAACUGUCGAUUCACGACAGUUAUCAAUAGCUCUCCGCUCUCGGUUGUCCGUUGCCGAGUAAAAACCGUUCUACUCGCGAGAGGUGCAAGCAAGUCGGGUAAAAUCGGGUGAAACAAUUCCUACUGUGAAGAAAGAGAGAAAGAAACGGACCGCGUCCAUUCAUCGCCGCCGGCCCAACAAGACGCGUCAAUUACAGAGAGAGAGAGAGAGAGAGAGAGAAGUAGUAAAACGCGAUUACGCGCAAUCUCACUGCUACUACUACGAUCCACCAGCAGCACGUCUGACGAUGGUUUCUAAGCUACGAUAGUGAGACUAACUUGUGAUAAGGGAUAGGAAACCAAAAGAAAAAAAUUAGAAAAAAAAGAAAAACCAAAGAACGCAACGACGCGGCGGGCGAAAGCCGACGGUCAAAGGCUUCCUUUUGUUGUCUUCUUCGUCUUCGUGCUCCACUGACAAAGUGAUAUAUUUGUAAUAGCUAACGUAAUAGCUAACCUUGAUAUACUCGAUGUGUAUUCGAUAUGUAAUAUAAUUCGCGAUGAGCCGCGUACGAUAACGAUAAUUUCUCUUUACGCGAGCUCCGUGCAGACGCGAACACGUCGAUGGAAUUUUUUUUCUUUUUUAUGAGGAUAAUUCGCAGCCUGUACAAUUGAGUAGUUUAGCUAAUGAUGAAAUUUCUCUCCCUUUUAAACUCGGGCAAAUUAAUCUUGCAAUAAAGAAAAUUAAAUUUUGAAUUAAAUUUGAUUAAAAUUAUAAAUUAAAUUUCUUAAAUUAGACAUUCUUAACUACAGGAUUAAUCUUCUUAAGUUCUUGGAAAAGUGGGUUAGAACUCUCAGGACUCUUCAACUCGAAGAACUCUUUUGCCAUGAAAAACACACUCUCGACAAUUGGUGUACGCGUGCACAGCAUGUUCAUGUCUAUGGAAACCAAGACAUAAGUUAUUACAGACUCGCAACGCCUACACUAGACAUCUUUGAUUAUGCUGUCAGAAGCGAGGUGAAGCACGCAAACGAUUAUUCAUGAAGAACUUUUUAAAAGUUUUGGCCUAUUUUACUAAUUUACUUUUUUCCUUCAACAUAAUGAAAGAAUGAAACUCGAUAUAAUUAUAUCGCGAUGAAAGUUAAGGUAUCGAUUCUGAAAGGUAUCGUAAAAAUUACGUAGCGCACACAUACGCGAUAUAAAUUUAAACACUAAUUAAAUUUCUAUUGAUAAAAUUAUAUUUUUCUCCCCUUGGAAAAGAACGCCAAUUUUAUUUAUAUUUAAAUUUAGUUAAAAAUAAAUGUGGAGAGAUCUGUAUUAUUCUGCCCCAUUUUUUAUAACAGCGAUAAAAUUCCUGAGAUAAAUUUGAAUAGAAAUGAGAUACAGCUGUGACAUUUUGCUUUGAAAUUCUAUCAAUCUAUAAGGGAUUAAAUCAUUCAUUGAAUAAUUGUUUUAUCGAAUAUAUCAAAGGCGAUGAAAUUCACGACGUGUUCGACGUUGGCACCGAUCGGGAGGGCGAACCUCCCGGAAAGCGUUGCCGGUGCCUUUGAAUUCCCAGAAUGAACGAAUGAAUAAUAUAUCCUUUCCUUGAUGAUGCGGAUAGCAAUAAUAUAUAUCUUUCGUUCUCUCCCGUACGUCUAUGUCAGAGACACCAGCGCGAUUUAGGUUCGUCGUCGGGAGCCGCGAAGUAGCGUCUUGUUGCACGGUCUACAUUCGGUCCUUCCAAAAGUCCUCUUCACUUAGUCGCUAUCCACUCUCUUAGAUAUUUAUACACGUGUAUAUACGCGAUAUACAUACACACAUACAUAUACAAUAACGACAUGCUGUCCAGUUAUGCGCGAGCGCAGAACGAGAGUGGCCGGCUCAUUCUCUCGGGAUCGGUCUCGUAAGUAGCUUUAACUUUCGACCACUUCAUAAACCAAGUCCGAUCGUGCGAUCCCGUGGCGAGAAAGAUAGAGAAAGAAAGAGAAAGUGACGGAGAUAGCGAUUCUUAGAGAAAACUCAAACGAACUCGAAGGACUCGAACUCUCGAACUCACUUUACGAGGCCGAAUCCCUCCACUUGGUCAGGACACUUACUUAGCCCUUAAGUGAUAUAUAGUGUACUUGUGCUGCUCUGUGUACUCUCGCGCACUCUCGAAAGUACGCGAAACGAAGUUGAAUAACGAAGGUGCUAUCUAACGAAUAGGGUUGAUCGUCAGAUGCCGGCCGGCCGGUACUUCUACCCGAAAGACAAAAAAUAUGAAGAAACAAAACGCGACGAGAAGAGAGUAAAGCGAAGCUCUACAUUGCCAGCUAAUGUCGUGCCAAAGAGGGAACUUUAGAUAUGAGGGAGGAGAAAGAGGAGGAGAGAGAGAAAGAGAGAGAGAGAGAGAGAGCAAGAAAUAGGUAGAGAGCGAGAUUGAGAGUGAGAGAGAAAGAGAACCUAUUCCGUCGGGCGAAAAUUCAAUUUCCCUCCAAGACCGGCCCGGUGCUGCGAUAGGCCAAUUUAGUCCGUAAUUACCAUAUUAUUAUACCGUCUCGAUAAGGAUGUAAUUUAACGAUUAAAUAAUAUGUCGAUAUUGUCGUCCGUGGUCGGUGGUGCGACCAUCGUGUCGAGGUUUUAUUAAGAGGAACGUGUCCAACGAAUGUCAACGAGAAUUCGCGGCGAGGCGCGGGGGAGCGUUUCGCUCGCGUUCGCACAGUUUUGAUUUCCCACUUCUCGCCGGUUCGCCAUAUAUAUAUAUAUACAUAUACUCGUCCGCCCUAAUAAGUACGGACGUACAUAUGCGGUCCUCGCGCAUUCGGGUUCGAGGGGCGCAGUCUAGAAGAUUAAAGAAAACAGUUCCAUGACGCCUGACGCUCCGAUCGUUAGUCCAGUGCCCAACGUCCGCCCACUGCCGUUUCAUUUCCACUAUGCACGUCGGAUUCGUCGUUACCGGAGAAACCGAGGGAAACAGCAAAUCGUUAUGAAGCAGAGGUGAGAUUUUUGGACUUGGAAAAAACCUCAAGUAUUUUAUCAUUAUGUACAUUGGUGUAUUAGUUUCAUUCUGGUAUACUUUAUAAUUAUUGACGCACCUUUUUGUUAACUAAAUUCUUUCUGAUGUCAUACAUUGUUACACGUGUAUGCGUCAUUUUAUUCAUUUUUAGUGUUUUAGAAUCAAGCUCGGUACUUUUGCGCAAUGUCUGAUUCUUGAGUUUCUAAAAUUCUUGAAUCCAAUUUUUGCAUCCUUCGGUUCUUAGAUUUUGACAGUCUUGGAAAUGUUCAGCGAUUUUACUCAUGUUUGCAUUAAGAGUUCAUAAUUCCGUUGGAAAAAAAAAUCGCACGAUCUCUGCUACGAUCGCGACUUGAAUCGCGAUAGGACUUGAUAGGAAUAAUAGUCACAGUGCCAAACGAUUAUUCUGCACCAAAGUGGAACGAAUACUACGGUAAGGCGAGGAAACGCGAUCGUAUAACUGCAACGCGAAUGCGAGAGCAAUUUUGAAAGCAUUUGCUAUUUUCCGAAUUCGGUUGUCCCUUCGUUUUAGGAGAUGGGAACGAAUGAAAGUACGUUCCGAAUUAAACCACCGGAAGCACCACCGGAUGUAGUGCUUGCGUUCGGGCGUAAUAACGCUAAACAGUAACUACGCGGACAAUCUAAUCUCGUUUACAGCAGAACACAUUACAACGGAAUGCGUUGUUACUCCUAUUUACCGUAUUAAUUGUAUUUUGUAGACAGUAAUACGACUCCGGGUCAGCUACCGCCACUUUGUUCAAUUAACCGAUGGAGAAACGCACAUUCUCGGAUAGUCAAUACAAAAUCGAAUUCUUCCGAUAUGAUUUUUAAUAAACAUCGAUAUCGGGGACGAGGAGCGUACACAUUUUUUUAACGACGUGAUCGCGGAAUACGAAGGUACCUUAAAGUAACAACUACAUGAUGUGAUAUUUUAAUAAUGUGUGCCAGACGUUUAAUGUAUAGUACAGACUACUAGUCACUUCUCGUAUAAUUAGUUAGAGUUCGACGGGCGCUAAUCGUAUGUGAUAAAGUCGAUUAAUCUAUCUUGUGUAUAUGGGUCAUGGAUAAUGUGAAUCGAAGAAUACUUCCUAUGAUAUGCAGCUGAUUUUAAUCCUGACACAAAAUCGAACACGCAAUGUUUUAUAUUCGCCGUUCGAAGUUUAGACCUUCGCACGGUGCGGCUAUGUAUUUUCGACUUUUUCAUUUUAUUCUUAUUUAUUUUAUCAGUUUUUUGUCAUUCGAGUUGUAGGAAAUUGCAUCGCUUCGCUGCUACUUUUGUCAAUUAUUAUCGAGAAAUAUCCUUAACAGAACUUAAUUGGGUUUAAACGAUCAGAGCCGGAACACACCGGAAGAGAAUGGAAAGCAUACCAAGGAUCGGACAAAUCGACAUUUAUCCGGAUACGCGGGGAAUAUCGAGUCUCGUGGAUUCGUUUAUACACUCGCAUGCUCUGAAACUUACAUCGAAUUCCGGGAAUCAAUUAAUCGCGACGCGCACGGCGUGUGUGCGACUCUCCGUAUCGCACGUUAGUUCGCGUGAUAGCCAGUCGUCUUUCAAUCGAACUCCGGUAAAACAUAGCUACCUACCGAAUGCGGUAGAAUAAUAUAUUUAUCGCCACGCCGCACCCCAUGCAUGUGCGAAACGAUCGACGAUAGUUUUUGACUCGUAUUUUCAGGCCAACGAUAUCAGCAUCGCGAUAUCAGGAUGCAUACUUAAAGUUUCGAAUUAGUCCUAGGAAUACCAAUUUUUCUCUCAACUUGUUUAUUUUUUAACAAAAAAGUUUUGAACAAAGAAACUUCUGAA